UGUCAACACUUUAUUUGCCCUGUGGGUCGGGAGUGAGAGACAGAGAGAAAAAAGAGUGAGAAAGGAAGACGCUAGAGGCUGAGCGGAAGGCUGAAGGCACAGGAAAAAGGGAAACGAGACGAACGUGGGAUCGCAGGGAAGACCGGGGUGAGAUGCAGGCCACGUGGCUCUAUGUGUCUGCGGUGACGGCCUUCCUGCUGGGGCCAGUGGGGGGCGCACGAGCCAGGGGCCGCCAGAGGCCAGCAGCACAGCAGCUCCUCAGCAACAUCCCUUCUGUGCACAACCUGGAUCUGCAGCGGUUUAGCGGAAGGUGGCUCCUGAACAGUGUUGCGUCAAAGUGUUGCUACCUUCAGGAGAAUAACUUCCAGCUGGAGAGCACCUCCAUGAUCCUGACCGCGCCCACCUCUCCCACUUCUCCGCUUAUUGCAUCCACCCUAAGGAAGCUGAACCAGCAGUGCUGGAACAUCACACAGGAGUACAUCCCCACCCAGAGCAGCAGCCGUUUCCUAAUAGCAGAUCGCCGUGACAACAUCGAAGUUGUGGUCUCGGAGACAGACUACAUCUCCUAUGCCCUCCUGUACUACCGGAAGCAUGACCAGGUCACCUUGAAGUUGUACGGGAGGUCCACCCAGCUGCCUGACAGCACGCUGGACAGGUUCGAAGACCUGGCGGAGAAACAGGGCAUUGCCAUCGACCAUGUUUACCCCUUCCCAAAGUAUGGUUUCUGUGAGGUGGCCGAGAAGAGUCUAUAGCACGGCCUAUGACGGUGGGAUUGUGUGACACCCCAUCAUGCGACUAGGCAGUGAUGAAGUGCUCUGUCUGUCUGUGGGAUCACCCCCAUCUCCCCCUGCUGGUCAUUCGGCUUGGGACCUCAUUAAUGCCCAUGUGUAAACACAUUGCUGAUCUACAUCUGUAAUAAACUCUGUUUCAAAGAAAA